CCAGGUUACUUCUUCCCUGGAAUGAUUGAAUCCACAACGAGAUUUUUUGCUGGAUGGUGAAGAUCAGAAACCGCAAUUAGCUAAGCCACCGACAGUUUGGCCCAGUCGAAAUCGAUUAAACUAAUCAGCAGCAGCCAAUUGCACGAAAUCAAAGAGAAGCGACUACUCCAUCUCAGUCUCCCACACCUAUAAUCCCAUCCCCAUCCAUAAAGUACUGAGGCAAUUUAGAUUCUUCCCCUCUUGGGAGAUCGAACGGGGCAGCAGUGAGACUAAUCCGAGCUCUACGUCGAGGCCGUUCAUUUGGACUGUCCCUGCACCUUUACAAAAGAUAAAAGGAAACAAAAGGAAAAGAUAUGGGGAGCAAAAGGAUUCAGAAGGAACUCAUGGAUUUGCAGAAGGAUCCACCGACAUCAUGCAGUGCUGGACCUGCUGGAGAGGAUCUAUUCCACUGGCAGGCCACAAUCAUGGGUCCUAAUGACAGCCCCUAUGCAGGAGGGGUGUUCUUUGUUAAUAUCCAUUUCCCUCCUGACUACCCCUUUAAACCUCCAAAAGUGAACUUCCAAACAAAGGUGUAUCACCCAAACAUCAACUCUAAUGGGAGCAUUUGCCUUGACAUCCUCAAGGAGCAGUGGAGCCCAGCAUUGACCAUAUCAAAGGUCCUCCUCUCCAUCAGUUCGCUCCUCACUGACCCCAACCCGGACGACCCCCUCGUCCCGGAGAUCGCCCACAUGUACAAGAGCCAUAGGCAGCGCUAUGAAGAAACUGCAAGGGCCUGGACCCAGAAGUACGCAAUGGGCUGAUGCAUAUUGCACUGAGCAGUGUUUUCAGUGCAAAGAUCAUUGUGGCACUAUAAGAAUUAAGUCGAACCGGUUUCAUGUCUUAUGAUGGUACCCCAGAGACCCAGACGGUUGUCAAUUAUACUGGCUUCUCAGAACAAAGUUUAUCUGUGUACAGUUGGGUCAAAGCUGGAUAAUCUGAGUUCUGUGCCCAUACUUUGGUUUAUACCCUGAAGAGCAUUUGUGAUCACCGCAUUCGUGUGUGUAACCUUGCCAAGAAACCGUAACAAUUUGUAUGUUUUAAGGUGUUAUAUUUUCA